AUGCUACCAUCUCUCCUGAAGUCUGUAAUUGUCCUUAGUGCUGUACAGCUCGUCUGGAGACAAGAUUUCCCCGAGGACUUCACUUUCUACCUGGGAUGCACUUUGAAGGCGCUCUUUCUCUUCUUCAUCUCCCUGUGUGCCUGGUAUUCUGGGUACCUGCUCGCAGAGCUGAUUCCAGAGGUGCAUCUGUCAAACGCUGUCUACAGCAUUCGGAGCAUUGGUGAAAAGCCUGUCAUCAAAGCCCCACCUCCAAAAAGACAGAAAUGUGACCAUUGGACUCCAUGUCCCCCAAACACUUAUGCCUACCGGUUGCUCAGCGGGGGUGGCAAGGACAAGUACGCCAAAAUCUGCUUUGAGGAUGAACUGCUCAUUGGGGAGAAGACUGGAAAUGUCGCAAGAGGAAUAAAUAUUGCCAUUGUCAACUAUGUAACCGGGAAAGUGACAAGCACACAGUUUUUUGAUAUGUAUGAAGGUGAUAACUCUGGACCAAUGACAGCUUUUAUUAAGAAUGCACCUGAGAAAUCCCUGCUCUUCAUGGUGACCCAUGAUGAUGGAAGCAGCAGGCUGAAGGAAGACGCCAAAACUGCCAUUGAAGCACUUGGAAGUAAAGAGAUUAGGAAGAUGAGAUUUCGAUCAAGCUGGGUAUUUCUUGCAGCAAAAGGCUUUGAACUUCCUGCCAAUAUUCAGAGAGAAAAGAUUAACCACUCUGAUAAUGAGAAGAACAGAUAUUCUGGUUGGCCAGCAGAGAUUCAAAUAGAGGGCUGUAUACCACAAGAACCAAGCUAA